UCUUCUUAGUAUCGUAUAACGUUUGUUAAACAGGAACGCUUAUACACCUUGCUGUACUUUUUAUGUUUCAUUGCUAUUGCAAUCAUCGUUGGAGUACAUACAUAAUUUCUUCGCGACUAGCUAAUAUUCAAUACCUUUCUUUGCGUUGUGUUGCGAACAUCAAAGUGCAUUUGUAAUAGCAAUUAAUCGUACCCUCGUGAAUAAUAAUCCGUUCAUAAAAUGGGUUUUCGAAAAGUCUACGUAGUUGGCGUUGGCAUGACGAAGUUUGAGAAACCGGGUCGCCGAGAGAACUUUGAUUAUCCACAAAUGGCCAAAGAAGCGGUCACGAAGGCGUUAAACGACGCUGGUAUUCAGUACAAUGAAGUGCAGCAAGCAACGGUUGGCUACGUGUACGGUGAUUCGACCUGUGGACAGCGAGCCCUCUAUGAGAUUGGCUUUACAGGCAUACCCAUUUACAAUGUUAACAACAACUGCUCGACGGGCUCGACUGCGCUGUUUCUUGCUAAGCAGCUAAUAGAAACCGGUAGCAACGACUGUGUGUUGGCGUUGGGCUUUGAAAAGAUGGAACGCGGCUCGUUAACAUCAAAGUAUAUGGAUCGAACUAACCCAGUUGAACUGUUGGUGACGGCGAUGGCAGAGAACCAUGAAAUCACCGGCGCUCCCAUAUCUGCUCAACUGUUUGGCAAUGCCGGUGUGGAGCACAUGAAGAAAUACGGUACCAAGCCGGAACAUUUCGCCAAAAUUGCAUAUAAAAACCAUAAACAUUCCACCAACAACCCAUACUCUCAGUUCCAAGAUGAGUACAGCCUCGAACAGAUCCAAAAAUCGCCGGUUGUGCACGAAAUUCUUACCAAAUUGCAGUGUUGCCCCACCAGCGACGGCGCCGCAUGCUGCAUUGUGGCUUCCGAAAGCUUUGUCAAGCGUCAUGGGCUUGAGGCGCAGGCCGUAGAGAUCAUUGCAAUGGAAAUGUCUACUGAUGUGCCCAGUUCAUUCAGUGAAGGCAGUGCCAUGAAAAUCGUCGGCUACGACAUGACUCGAAAUGCUGUUCAGAAAGUAUUCGCCCAAACAAAUUACAAACCGCAGGAUGUCGACGUUGUUGAGUUGCAUGAUUGUUUCUCGGCUAACGAACUGAUAACUUACGAAGCGCUCGGUUUGUGCGAACCGGGCAAGGCUGGCGAGUUUAUCGACCGUGGCGACAACACGUACGGAGGACGCGUGGUGGUGAACCCCAGCGGAGGUCUGAUUUCCAAGGGACAUCCUCUUGGAGCGACGGGAUUGGCGCAAUGCUCCGAGCUCUGUUGGCAAUUACGCGGAAAAGCAGACAAACGUCAGGUUAAGAAUGUAAAGCUAGCGCUGCAGCACAACAUCGGCCUUGGCGGAGCGGUGGUGGUUGGGCUGUAUCGACUUGGUUUUCCGUACGCAAAACGCCCUGUUAACACCAGUCUUACGGCUGCUGGAAAGCUGAAGGAUUCACCGGACGGUUUCAUGGUUGCGCCGUACAUGAAGCUGCUGGAAGAGGCGAUGCGUGAUGACAAAGACAAUCUGAUCGAAGGUGUGCGAGGCAUCUAUGGCUUCAAGGUCACCAAUGGUCCGGAUGGCGCCGAAGGCUACUGGGUUAUCAACGCAAAAAUUGGUCGGGGGUCGGUCCAAUACCGAGGCACGGAAAAACCUGACGUUACUUUCAUCAUGAACGACAUUGAUGUUGUCGAUUUGAUCUCUGGUAAGCUGAAUCCUCAGAAGGCAUUCUUCCAGGGCAAGGUAAAAGUACAAGGUAACAUGGGCCUUGCAAUGAAGCUGAUGGAUUUGCAGAAGCGAGCCAAUUCGCGCAUCGAAGAACUUCGGGCUAAACUGUAAAUUGAAUGCACUGGGACGUAGGAAUCAUAGGUAUGGGAGAACAACGGUUAAAAUCAAAACAUUUUUUUAAACUAUUGUUUUUUAUACACGGUGAACAACUUGGUUUUCUAAUUUUGUACGUUCUUUUUCCUUUUUUAUUUGUAAUAAAAACAAAAACAUGGUGAUUGUUAAACAACA